AUGUUAUUGCCCUUGUUGUGGUACUCUAUUCGUACUUUUUUGGGUUUGAGGCAUCUCGCACGUUGGGGCAGCCUCUUUGCAUUUUGUAUGUCCAUUUCUUACUUUAGAUAUUUUUUCGUUGUCCUUCUCAGUACGGUGGUAAAUUGGCAGCUUGGCCCUAUGCCAAAAUUCUCGGGAAUGUCAUCAAGUAGUCCCAAGGAGACCGUCAAAGUUGAAACGAACAUCGAGGCUCCAUCGACGCUUUACUCUAUUAUCGCCGUAUAUCAGAGCGAAAGCGAAGCAAAUAAGCCUAGAACAAUUCAUCUCAAGAAACCGGUGGAAACUUGGUUCCAUGCAGAUGGCAGCUUGGCCGCAGAGGCCAUAUAUAAGGACCUCCUACUUUUGGCGUCCCCCGGAAAGUAG